AUGCGGAAAGACAAGGCGAGGACCCGCACCUGCAAGAACAGAGGACUCUCGGAACCCCGCCCGCCGCACUCCGCCCCGCCCCCACCCCUGGGCGCUGAGAGACGCUGCGUGGCUGUUAGGCCCAACGGUGCUCCGUUCUGCGUCGGGACCUCCGGGAGGGAAAACUUUCAACUGAAGCUGGUGGACUCAGGUGAGCACAGGGUGAAGGAGAGGACCCUGAGUGAGGACACUCGUCUCUACAGCAGAGGGUGGCCACACAGCUCCCUGCCCCUGUGGCCUACCCUGGGAUACCCCGGGCAGGGCUGUCAAGCGGAGGAGCCUCAUUUUUCCCCGUGCCUGCCUUACCUGAUCUCCUACACACGCUCCCUGACCGGAAGCAUCAUGCCUCGAGGUCAUAAAAGUAAGCUCCGUGCCCGUGAGAAAAAACGCUGCCAGGCCCGGAGUGAGACUCAGAGUCUCCAGAGAGCUCAGGUCAUUGCAGCAGAGGAGGAAGAAGCCCCUUGUUCCUCCUCUUCUCUUUGUGGUGGUGAUUCUCAGGGCUCCCCCGCUGCUGGGCCACGUGGCAAAUCACGGAGGCCUGGGAGAGCUCCACCCACCACUGCUGCUUCUGCAGGUGUUCCAUGCACAAAAUCUGAUGGAGGUGCCACGAGCCAAGGUGAGGAAAGACCAAGCACCUCCCAGGCACCACCUACCACUGAUCGUUCGUGCAAAAGCCCUGUAGGCCAGAAGGCGAUUUUGUUGGUGUCGUUCAUGUUGCGCAAUUAUAACAUGAGGGAGCCCAUAAGAAGGCAAGACAUGCUGAAGUGUAUCACCAGAAAGGACAGGCAGCACUUCCAUGAGAUCCUCAAGAGAGCCUCUGAGCUUAUGGUGCUGGCCUUUGGCAUCGAAGUGAAGGAAGUCGACCCGACCAGGUCCCAUUAUAUGCUUGUCAACAAAUUGCAUGUCACCGGUGACGCAAGGCGGAGUGGUGGGACAGGCAUCCUGAUGACCGUCCUGUGUGUGAUCUUCAUGAAGGACAAUUGCGCCGCUGAAGAAGAUAUCUGGGAAGUGCUGAAUGUGAUGGGGAUAUAUGACGGAAAGAAGCACGAUUUCUACGGGGAGCCCAGGAAGCUCAUCACCCAAGAUCUGGUGAAGGAAAGGUACCUGGAGUACCAGCAGGUGCCUCACAGUGAUCCUCCACGCUUUCAAUUCCUGUGGGGUCCAAGAGCCCAUGCUGAAACCAGCAAGAUGGAAGUCCUGGAGUUUUUAGCCGGCAUCCAUAAUACCGUUCCCAGUGCCUUCCCGUCCUGGUAUGAGGAGGCUUUGAGAGAUGAGGAAGAAAGGGCCAGAGCCAGAUUUGGAGCUAUGCUUCUUACUGCCACGGCUCAUGCACGUUCCAGGCUCCAUUCCAGCAGUUUCUCCCACCCUUAG